UUCCAGUGUAGCCAUGGCAAUUUGCUAAACCCACGCUACUCUUUGUAGUCUGUAUUAUAUAUAAACAAACAUCCGACUUUUUAUUUUAGUCUAUAUUUUUGUGUAUAAUAUAUUGAAUUUAAUUUAGUACAUUAUACCAUGUUAACUCAGGCCCAAGUAUAUAUCGAGAAACAUAAGAUCACUGCGCUUUUUGAGGAACUUAUGAAUAAAUUGGUUCGAAAUGCGCCUGAAAAUCCUAUUAUUUAUCUCAUCAAACAAUUGUAUAAAAAAGCAGGACUUGAUAUUCCACUCGAACUAAAAUCAGUGACUGAACCCAGGAGAAAUUCUUUAAAUCUAACUGUAUUUGGUCACAGUUCUGAGAUCGUUAGCAAAUCCGUUGCCUUAGCCUCUUGGUCAGCAAAGCCAGGAGAACCACAUUCUACUCCAUUUCUUAGAAGAGAGAAAUCUUUGACUAAGUCCUGGCAGACACCAGAGAAACACAAGACAUCAGGAGAAGUUCAUUUCAACAAGACAACAAAACCUGUUAAAGGACAGAAAUCUGAAGACAAAAAAGAGAAGACUGGCUGGAAUUCACUGACCAAAAUCACUAGCAGUACUUUUGAUGAAUUUUCCAACCAAACCAAAGGAAGUCCUUCCAAAUCAACCAAAGUGGAAUCGGUUCCUAAGAUGAAAGAUGUACGAAAAUCUUGGGCCAUGGGUACCCUUGAGGAGGCAAACAACAGAGAGACAAGUCAUUAUAUAUCACUGAUCAGCCCUAAAUAUUUACACACCAAAAAGAAACGUAAUGAAGAUGAGUUAUUCUCUGAUGAGCUGCCAUCUACUCCAAGUUUGAAGUCUUAUAGAUCUGAGAAGAGUGUGGAUACUUUUAGUAAUUCUACAUAUACUUCCAGACGUGAAAGUUGUAAAGCAUUUAAUGCUCAGAAGCAUAAAGCAGAAUUGGAAAGAUUGAUUAUGCAGGAGAAUCAACUGAUCACCCCAGAACCUUCUCUAGCAGGUGAAGAUGAAGAGAUUGAUGGUGCCAUUGAUUUGUUAGAAAAUCCCUCAGAUUUGGAGUCCGAAGGAGUUUCUUCACUUUCUUCUGCUGGCUUUAGGCUGAGCAAGACUCUACGUCAAAGAGAAGAUUCUCAAGUGAAACUGAACAUCAAAUUGUAUCCCAGUGCAAGUGACUUAGAAUCCAUGACAUCCCAAAGCAAUUGUUUUCGUGACCACAGAAGACAUAUAGACCAAGAAAGUUUAGCAACAAGCUACAAAUUUGAUGACAGUGAUGAAGAAAUUGAAAGUGCCUCACAAGUAUCUGCUCACAUCAAUAGAAGAUAUGAAUGGAACUCUCCUGAUUCUGACGAAGACUAUGUCCACAGCCCCAGCUCAAAACCUUAUGUGGAUAACCAAUUCAUGAGUAAAUCUCUCAAUGGCCUUCAAAUUUCUCAAAAUUACAUGGUUGAUAACUCAUCAAACCCGAAACCAAACUCUAGCGUCCCUUUACCAGCAAGAAGCCCCUUGGCUUUAUUUUCCAAGAAAUCAAAGAAGCAUGAGCCCUAUCAGGAAGACUCACAACAUAGUUUAAACAGAGAACAAUUGAAGAAACUAAAGACUACCAGCUAUGGUUGGCAUGUUGCUGCUGCUGAAUCAGACACAAGUAUCCUAUCUUCACACACUAACAGGUUCUAACUACUCAUACCAACCCAUUUAAGGAAACCAAGUGAGCACCAUGUAUUUUUGCAAAUGCACAAAGAACUACAAGCACAAUCACUGCACUCUGCACAUGUACAACAUGAUUUGGAAAUAAAAAGUAC